AUGAUUAAAAUUAAAAAUCAAUCUUAUCCAAAACAUCAACCAUUGGAAGAUAUAGGUUGUGGACGAGGAAUGGCAUUAGGUUUUUAUCAAGGAAUCGUACUUGGUGAACGUAGUCCGACAAUAAAUAUUAAUAAUAUAUUUUGUUGUUUUUAUCAAAAUUAUAAUUUAGUUGAAUUUAUUUCUUGUUAUUUGAAUCAUGAUAUUCGAGAACGUGGUAUUCCAUCAAAAUAUCAAUUAAUUGUUGGAAAAAUUUUAGAAACUCUUUGGUUUCUAUUACCAUGUGCCGAUGAAAUUGGUCCUUAUCGUUUUCAAUCAUUUCAUCAUUCAGCAAAUGGACAUACAUUUAAUAAUAAUAAAAAUGAACAAAUUGUUAGCUGUAGUCAUGAUAAAAAUAAUAUUUACAUUAUACAUUAUCCAAAUUUACCUCUUAUCAAAUUAUACCAUCCAGAUUAUACAAAUCAAACAUGUAUUGUACCAAUGGAAUUCAUUACUGUUGAUCAAGGGCAAUUAAGUCUUGCACCAUUUACUACAAAACAAUAUGCCGAAAUAAAAAAAAUAAUUGCUGUUGGUCCUCAAGAAUGUUACGAAAUGAUUCAAAGUAUUACCAAUAUUCAAAGUAUUACCAAUGAACAUUUAAAAAAUCUUGGUAUUACUGUUGAUAAUGAAAUGUUAAUGGUACCAGCUCGAAUAUUACCACAAUUACAAAUUAAAUAUAAUGAUGUUAUUGGACGAGUCCAAAUUGGUAAAUGGUACUUAGAUAAUCGUUUUAAUAAAGUACGUGAAAUACGUACAUGGGCUGUUGUUUUUAUUAAUCAACAUGAAUUAGAUAAUCGACAAAUUGAUUUAACAAGAGAUUUUGUUCAAAAAAUUCGACAGGCUAUGUCAAAAUAUGCUAUUCAAUUUAAUUCAUCACCUAUUGAAAAAUCUGAUGUAGCUGUACCACAAACAAUUUUAGCUCAUAUAAAUGAACUAAAAAUGCAGGGAUGUGAAGUUAUUAUUUAUAUUCUUAAUCAAGUGGAUAAUGAUAUUUAUGAUGUUAUUAAAGAUUUUGAAAAUGUUGAAACUGAUACGAUAAUUCAAUGUGUACUUUUCGAUCAACUUAUGUCAAUUAGUGACUCUUGUGACAUGAAUAUGUAUAUUCAAAAUAUUUUGGUCAAAGAACUCAGUGCUAAAUUAGGUGGUGUCAAUCAAUUUGUUUCAUUAAUGCGUGCAUUAACAUCACCACCAGCUCGAUCUGAUAUAUUUAUGUUUUUUGGUAUUGAUUCUAGCCAUAUAACAUGUUCACAUGAACGAUCUUCCAUUGUUGCUAUUACUGGAUCAAAAGAUUCCACAACUACACAAUAUGCUACUCGUAUCGUAAAAGGAUUUCCAUCAACAGAAAAAAUAUCACUUGAAAUUAUCGAAGAUUUUCAUGGGAGGACAGAAUUUCGGCCCAAGGAAUUUUCGGCUCGGUCCCAAGUUGGCCGUCAUAAUCAAUCAUUUCAGAAUAUACUUAAUCAUGAAUUACAAGAAGCUAUUCAACGAGCAUGUCAAGAAUUAUAUGGUCAUAAUUCAAUACCUCAAAUUUGUUUUGUUCUUGUUAAAAAAAAUCAUAACACACGUUUUUUUAUUUUGGAUAAACAAUCUAAUCGAGCACAUAAUAUUCAACCAGGAACAGUUGUCGAUACCGACAUUGUUCCACCAAAUGGUUUCUAUUUUGGUAACAGUCAAGAAUGUCCUCGAUUCUCUAUUCAAAUUUUGUCGAUUUACUACCCAAAAGAACUUUGUGAAGAUGAUCCAAGUUUACAAAAACCAUCUGAAGACAAAUUAAAAGAGAAAAUAGAAAAAACACGUCAAGUUCUUGAAGCUCUUGUAUCAUUUAAAGUAUCAGCUGCUAUAUCAAUUCAACAUGCAGAAAAACAAGCACUUGUCUUGUUCAAUACAUUCGUUAUAGACCAUCACAACAAGAACCUUCUUUUAAUUUCUGAUGCUAAACAAUGUAUUAUUCAAAUUUUUGAAGUUCAAAAAGAUCUUAUGGAACCACCUCGAUUUAAUAUACAAAUCAAUACGAAUUUCGCUAAACUUGCUAAAUCUUUAUACACAGCUGAUUUGAAGGCUCGUGAAGCAGUUGAUAUGCGUGCUAAAGUGGAAAAACAAAUAGCUAAGAAACAAAAAGAAGAAAAAGAAGAACAAUUACGUGAAUUAGCUCUUCAUGCUCGAACAGAUCGAACAGGCAUUUGUCUUGCUGAUAAUUUUGAUGAUACUGAAGCCUUAAUUAAUGCUUCUAAACGAUUCGAACAAGAACGUGAUUUCAAAGGAGCUGAUCGAGCAGCACUACGUGACGAUCCUGUGUAA